AUGCGUGUCUUCGUCGCUACAGUUCUCUGUCCUCUUGUGGCCCACUGCGCUGCCCAACCGUUCAACUCCACUUCUUCCAAACUCUCAAACUCCACCUCGAACAGUACAUCCUGCAUCUCUGCCGCCGAUGCUGUUCUCAUCGCCGACGGCUUUGGCCAGAUCCUCUCCAAUUUCAGCACCUCCUUUGGCGAUAUUCUGAUUGCAGACGGCUAUACCGAUCAAUCUGACAGCGUAGCAACGUUGAUGCAUUCGCCUAAUGUCAUCGCCUCUGAUCUCGGCAAAAUCACCUUCGACUCCAAAGCCUCCUUCCUCGCUGGUGAACAAGCCCAACCAGGCGUCCCCUUCAAACUCCUCAACACCUGGUCUUCCUGCAAUGCCGUUACCUUCCGAUACGUGCUGUCACCUCCUGGCCUCAAUGUCCAAGGCAUCGCUGUUGCCGAAGUUGAAGAGGCNAAAAAGAAUGGCACUGGCGUUGGUGAGGGAACAAAGAAAUGGCAGAUCAAGACUUUCUAUGGAGAGUUUAAUUCUGCGGUUUGGUUGACUGAUCUCAAGAGUGGUAUUACUGGCUGUGAUGUUAGUGGUAAUGUUACGGGUAAUGGGACUGUUGCUUGA